AGGAGCGGCUGGCUGCCUGCACAUGGGUGCCCAGCCCGGCAGCUGCCCUGGGAGGCAGCGGGGCCCCCAGCGCCAUGGAGCUGGUGGCUUCGCCGGGGCGCUGGGCGCUGCCGUGGCUGCCGCGUACGCGGCGACGCUGCCACCGUCCGUGCCCGGGGGAGACUCGGGGGAGCUGAUCACAGCCGCAUAUGAGCUUGGAGUUGCCCAUCCUCCUGGUUACCCUUUGUUCACUCUGCUGGCCAAAUUGGUCAUUGGUCUAUUCCCUUUUGGUUCCAUUGCCUACCGAGUAAAUCUUCUCUGUGGCUUAUUGGGAGCAGCAACAGCAUCUUUGCUUUAUUACACAGUUUUCAGAUGCGAUAAAUGGAUCCCCAAUCGCUCUGCCAUUGACUCCUGCACUCCCUCGCAGCGAGAAGCAGAAGUGAAGUCCAUGGGUGAGCGGCGGCAGUCGACCCCAUGCCAUGAGGACGCAAGGCUUUCUGGCUCAUAUGCUGGAGGAAUCCUUGCUGCGGGGGUGUUUUCAUUUUCUCGUCUGACAUGGCAGUGGUCCAUCUCAGCAGAGGUUUUUAGCUUAAACAAUCUGUUUGUGGGUCUGCUUAUGGCGCUUACUGUACAUUUUGAGGAGGCAGCCACUGCGAAGGAGAGAUCAAAGAUAUCGAAAGUUGGCGCCUUUUGCUGUGGGCUUAGUUUGUGCAAUCAGCACACCAUAGUGUUUUAUGUGUUGUGCAUUGUACUAUGGGUUCUGUUCCAAAUUUUCAAAGGGAAGGAAUUGUCCUUUGGCCAUUUGCUGAAGUUGGGCUUAUGCUUCUUGGCUGGUUUGCUGCCUUAUCUCUAUCUGCCUGCCUCGUCCUACCUAAAUCGAGCACGUUGGACCUGGGGAGACCAGACGACUUUUCAAGGAUUUUUGACCCACUUUCUCAGGGAAGAAUAUGGGACAUUCAGUCUGGCCAAAUCGGAGGCAGGAUCCAGUAUGAGAGAAAUGUUGCUUUCUCAGGUAACACACAUGAAAACAGAACUUUCCUUUACUGUCCCAGCCCUUGUGAUCGUGGCGUGGUUACAUACAGCAAUGCAGGCUAAGCAGGAGAAGACAUCAAUGAUAUGGCUAUUUACUGGAAUGCUAUGCAUUUAUUCGUUAUUUUUUGCUUGGAGGGCAAAUUUGGAUAUUACAAAACCACUUUUUAUGGGUGUGGUGGAGCGAUUUUGGAUGCAGAGCAAUGCAGUGGUUGCUGUUCUAGCAGGACUAGGCCUGGCCUCUCUUGUCUCUGUCGGAAAUACAGUGCUUGAGAACAACCGUGUGCUGCAGUGCGUGGAGUGGCUUUCCGCUGCUGCUCUUGUUACUAGUCAAAUUUAUGCCAAUUACAGCAUUUGUGACCAAAGUCGCAAUUACGUUGUUGAUAAAUUUGCAAGGAACCUUCUGUCCUCCAUGCCACCUGAUGCAAUAAUCUUGCUCAGAGGAGACCUAACAGGAAAUUCUCUUCGCUACCUUCAUUACUGUGAGGGAAUGAGGCCUGAUGUCACAUUAGUGGAUCAAGAGAUGAUGACUUAUGAGUGGUAUUUACCAAAGAUGGCGAAGCAUUUGCCAGGCAUCUCUUUUCCUGGGAAGCGGUGGAAUCCUGUGGAAGGAAUAUUACCCGAUGGAACGCUCACAUUUAAUCUCCAUCAUUUUCUCAAAGUAAAUAAACAUAAGGAAGCAUUUGCGUGCAUAGGACUUAACGAAGGGGACUCAACUUGGAGAAAAAGCUAUUCACUUUGGCCAUGGGGUUCCUGUGACAAAUUGGUUUCUUCAGGAACUGCUUUUAACCCAGGAGAGUGGUUACGUCUUACAAGGAGUAUCUAUAACUGGACUGAAGACUAUGGAAGGUUUGAUCCAUCAUCAUGGGAAGCUGUAGCAAAUGAAGAGAUGUGGCAAGCCAGGAUGAAAACAGCCUUCUUUAUCUUUGACCUUGCAGAAACUGCUAGCGUGUCUCCAGAUAUAAAAUCCCAACUUUAUACCUUUGCAUACAAUUCAUACAAGGAAAUCAUCAAUUCACAUAAAAACCACCCAGUCAAUUGGCAUAAAAACUAUGCGAUAGCUUGCGAAAGGAUGCUGCGUCUCCAUAAGAUGGAUGUGGACCCUGAAAUGUUGUUAUCUGAAACUGUUAAACAUUUCCUCCUCUAUACGGAGAAAGCAGAGGAUGAUCCCCAGCGAGCAGAUAUUUUGCAGGCUGUAAAACACCUGAAGAAAGAGCUGCAGGGGCUGAGAAAAAUGAAAAAAAAUCUGAAGCGGCAGGCUGUAUAGAACCCAUUUGUGGACCUGCUUUCUGAAGUGCUAAAACUCUGAAGUCGGGAGGUAAAAUUGAAUCCAUUAUUAACAACGUGAGAAGGUUUUUUAAAUACAACAGAACUGAUAGUGGAAGGAAAUCAAGUGGUCUCCUGGAUGGAAACGUAGCACUGUUCUUUCUUUUGCUGUUGCCAGAUGAAGAGUUCUGGUAGCCAGCGCACAUUUGACAUUGAUUUGUAUAGAAAAAAUUGGUUACCAAAUUAAGCACUAUGUUUAAAAAAAUAAAAAAGUGAGGAAGUCCAAAAUACUGUGUGUGCAGAUACGUCCAUUGAUUUUAUUUGAUAUGUAUAAUUACUUCAUAAAUAUAUAAAAUUCAUUUCCUACAAAAA